CCUAUUUUUUGAGUUAUGAUGACAUGGUCUAAAUUCCAAGUAAAACUUAAUAAUUAACACUAAAUUAAGGAAAACAUGAUAAACAGUCGGGAAAGAAAAACAAAACAAAAAAUAAUUAUUAAGAAGAGCAAAUGCAUUGAAGUCCACAGUUUUGGACAAUUCCUUCUCACCUGCCCAAAUUAAAUACAUCGCAUCAUAUGUUAUAUGUAUCUUCCCAUCCUGACGGCCGCCGGAACUCUUAAAAUCAAAACACGAAACCGAACAAUGAGUUGUUUCCCUUUCACAAACCUAAUUAGUCAAAUCCUUCCAAUUUAUAGAAUUUUAAUAUGUAAACUCCUCGGAGAAGGAAUAAUAGUAACGAAAGAUUUACCGAAAGCAACAUCCCAAAUCCAAUAUGUUGUUUAUCAAUAAAAAGACCGUAAUUGUUCAAAUGGGUAUAAUAUUGUUUUGUAUCCGACCGAUUCUGUAUUAUUAGAGAGUAGUGUGUACUUUUCAAGCGUUCCUCCAAAUUAGGGAUGUCUAAUAAUGCAUGAAAUAGUCUAGGAUCUAGUGAAAUGCUAGUUUGCGGUCGAACGUUUAAGUUAGCGCGACAUUGACACUGGAUAAUGACAAACUCCAAAAUUUCGGUGAUGUUUGUCCACGACAUAUAGGAUGCUUCAACCAUUAGAAGGUCCGGAAUGAUCGUUAAAACGUUUUAGAAUCAAACCGUACGAAGAGAUGAACAAAAGAGAAAUAAGAAAACUUUCUUGCAUGGUAAAAAUUGUCGAAAAACAAUGAUCACAACAUAACGUUGCAAGAGUAGAAAGGAAGAUAUUGAAGUUUUCUAAAGAAUUUCGCGACCCAUUGAAGUCGCGCGAGAUAAGAUUUUACUGUAUGACCUAACAAUCUAUAUGUACGAAGUACGAUUAUCAAAUUAGUCUAAAUUACUGAAAAUAUAAAUUGUACUCCACGCGUUAUGCGCAGGACGACUAAAACGUAAUAUAUAUCAAGAUGAAACUGAAGAUAAUAUACAACGAUGGUUGUUUAGUUUUGCUAUCAUCUGCCUCAACUAUCAAAGAAAGAUUAUAUCCGAUUCACACGACAAAAACCCUAACCUAUAUACCUCAUUCUAUCCCAAGGCUAGCCGAGCCGAGCCGAUCCAGAUUCGGUCAGCCUUUGCCAGCGCCGAGUCAUUCCCUUUCCUAAACUAAUUAGUAAUCACCUUUGCCCACUACUUUCGUAACCGUAUAUAUAAAUGACGCGCAGAAACCCCAAAGCCUCAACUCGUUCGUUAUCCAAAAAUCAUUAAUUAAAAACUUUCCCCCCGAUCGAAAUUCCCUCAAUCAAAAUCUCUGUAAAUCUCCCCUCCCGUAACCGCCGCCGCGGCCAUGGGGAUGAUCAAGUCGCCGGCCUCCACGUGGCUGCAGCGCAGCUCCUCCGUCAAGGCGUCCAGCACCACCAUCUACCUCGGCCGAUCCAAAUCCGUUCACCACCACCAAUCCUCCUCCUCCUCCCCCGCAGGCGGCGGUUACUCCAGAAGACCGGCCGGCCGGGGAGGGAACAUCUGGCAGGCGCUGUGGAGAAAGAUCAACAGGAGGAAGCGGAGCAUUUUCCGAGCAGCCACGUGUACUUCGACGGCGACGGUUGCGACGCUGCAUUCGGCGUACGAACCGGAGGAGUACAGCAUGAACUUCGAUCAGGGGACGGGUUGGGCCGAGCCCGAUAACCUGCCCCGGUCUUUCUCGGCCCGGUUCGCGGAUCCUUCCCGGAUCCUCCAGCGGAGCGCCACCAGUACUUGCUACGCCAGAUAAUAAUGAACCAGUUCGUUAUGUUUAAAUGUUAAUUAAUUAAUUAGACCAUUAAUUUUCUUUGUUGUUUAAUUCUCUUCCUUGUUUUCCCAACUCUCCUGCGUGUAUGGUUUUGUUGUGAUUAAUUUCAUAUGUGACGAGUGAAUUGACGACGAUCAACGUUUGCAGAAAUGGCGUUCUAAUUCUUGUUAAGCAAAUAACCAUGAUUUCAAGGAAGUUUGCUUUCGUUUCAUCUUAGUGCUUUUUCUUCCUUUUUGUGCAUUCCUUUUUCAUCUUCAAAUUGCGAGCACUAUUUUUUAAAACAGAGACACCUUGUACAUCAUGUAAUAUUGAUUUUAGGUUGUAUACUUGAACUAGCUUUUACCCGACCCGUUGGUCGGAUGAUUUCAUCUUAUUUUUCAUUACUUCAUAAUAAUCGAAAGUGAUUUUUGCACUACUUGAUAAUUGUGACAUUGAUAACAAUUAGUUCAUAUGUAUUUUUGUUAAUCAGAUUAUCCUAACUCACUACGGCCUAUACAUGUUUCGUAUUAAAAGAAUUUGCCCUAUUUAUUGUAUCACAAAUUGCUUAAAAUUAUUUCUUUAUAUUAGUAUUAUUAACUUGGUUUACUAUUAGAUACAAACAAAACUAAAACAAUUAUGCAUUAAAUUAAAAUAGUAAUUAGAAUUUCUUCAAGGGAUUAACUUAUUGCUACAAAAGCAUAAAAUUGAUCAUCUUAAGAUUUUCAAUCGUGCUCCAUCAGACACAAAUCAAAAACCUUUCACGAACAUAAUAGGAGGGAAGCAUAUAGCUAAAAUAAAGAAGCGAAAUGGCAGACCGAUAGAAACAAAUAUCAAAAGCUGGCUGGUUGAUGGCUGAGAAUUACCUUGACAGAGAGAAGCUGCUAGUGGAGUUUUCGCUGAAACGCUUUCGUGGGUCUGUGUGAUUUAAACUGCCUUUUAUACGCAUAACGCAGAAGGUGAUUUCGUUUGCUGGCGUGAAUCGAGCUUGGGUUGGUAGCUGAAAUUACCUCGACAGAGAGAAGUUGAUAGUGGCAUUUCUAGAGGAAGCACUUUAACACCCAAAUUUCUUCGUUAGAACAUUACAGCCGCCGACGUCGAAUCUCAGACAUGGAGAGUAGGAGGAUAUGGGUGGAUCUAGCUACCUCCGACACAAUCCCUAUUCGACACUGAAUUUGCCCACUGACAUCCACUUGGACGUCGUCCAACCACUGACAUGCAAAACAACCGUUUGAUCCUGGCUUCCCAAUGAAAGGAGAGGACGGAGAACGACGAUAGAGAUGAAGGGAGCGGAGGAAGGGCCCUCUACGAAACAUUUAGGCCAACAGUGGUAGACGACUAAUGUAUCAAUCCCUAGCCUUUCUGACAAUCAUUGUUAUCCUUAUCACCCAACAUUUUACUAAACCCAUUACCUAUUGCAAAUUUUAGGUAGAGUUCCUACUAAAGUACACAAAUCCCCCUACAACAAUUUAAUCAGAACCACUGGUUAGACAUUCACUCAUGGCAAAUUUGAGAAACUGGUGCAAAACUCUACCAUCCUAAAUUUGAAAAUAGUCAAGUGUAAAAAUAAUUUAAGUCCAUCCAACUAUACCUGAAAUAAUAAGGGAUCCCACAGUACAUCAUCAUAUACAACUAACAUUGCUACGUAAGUUAAGCAUUCUAGGCAGGGGCGGAUACAUGGGCCCCCUAAAAUUUGGGGAAACGAUUAUCCAACCUCCGGUAGUAAUUUCGUAUGUGUAUACAAAAUAUAAUUGGUAAUCCGGGACACCCUAACAUUUGAAAAAAUGAUUAUCCUACCCUCGAUAAUAGUUUGCUUAUGAUUAAUAAAAUAUAAGUGGUAGUCCGUGUUAUUCCAACCUAGGACACUACUAUUAUCAAACAUAUUCCAAUUAUGUUGCUACUCAUUUGUUAUUCUAUUUUAAACAUCAUGCAACAUUAAAACGCUAUUUUUUUA